AUGACUGAUAAAGGACGGAACCAUCCUAUGUUCGCUGGUUCCUAUAGGGUUCUUGCUGUCCUGCUCCCAUCGUGGCGGGUCAGGCUGGAGACUGCUGCUGGGAAUACAGCUGAGGAGAAGAGCAUUUUCACAGAGAUACAUCGCGCACUGAAUACCCCUGCUAUAGACCAAGCCUUUGUCGCCGCCAUCCGGUUGCUAGUGGCGGAUUAUUUAUCUCGCCACAAGUCGGACCCUUGCACUGCCGGGGCUGAUGCUGAUUGCUCCUUCACUUGGGAUCAGUGGGCCAAUGGGUUGAUGGAUGCUGGUAUCGACGGCCCCGGAGGAUUCAUAGAGUCAGCUGUCCUCGUGAUGGAAGAGGACGCCUCGGACCUCGUCCAGGCUGCGGCCCCGAGGGCUCUGGAUUGCUGCGUUAGGAUCAUAAUGGUCCACAGAGACCGCACAGCCCUGCACAACAUCGACUACAGCGGCAGCACUUCAGAGCCUCAAGUCCACCUCCUAUUCCAACCUGGCCACUACGAACUACUCAUACCGAUUCAACCGGAGAGAUACUCUAUCCUUCCCAUAAUAGACGACGCUACCCUUGUGCCCGCAGGAGUGCCCGUCCAAGGGCCACCGCAACCUAGCGCCAGUAACGAAUUCGAGGGGUUCAUGCAGCAAGUCCUCUCGAAAUAUCAUGCCCUCUGGGGCCAGUCUCGUUACCUCAGCAGUGUAGUGGACCAACUACUACCCCGCUUGGACGCUCGUGCUCGGCCAUCCCCCUAUGCAAACCCAGCAGAUGCUCGCUGUGAACUGACAGAGAUGCGCAACGUCUUGAAGAAUCUGGGAGAAGCCCAGCGACAGCUCAGUGCCAUGCCCGAGGACCCAAUGGACGAUGAGAAGCCGGUACCGCCUCUCUCAGUUCGCGAGGAGUCCGACGCCGAUACGCAGAUGCCGAAAUACCUCUCGGCUCUGCGAAAGGCGUAUGAAUCCUCUACACCUCCCAAGGGGGAAGGAGUCAAUUUGAAGGUUGAGGACGGCACUGAGGAGGCAUUGAUGGACUGGCCGGAGCUCCAGAACUCCAUCACGCCUGCAACGGCAUCAGCUGGAGUUUUCGUAUGCGGGUUGUGCGACAAAGAUGGUCAAAUCGUGGGCGACGAGGGAGAUGGGGUCCGGACUCCGUGUGGCGACAAGGUCCAUAAGGAAUGCCUUCGGCAAUUCGUCGAAAAAACUAUUGAGAAGAACAACACUCCGCUCGGGCAAGUCUUCCUGCAAACCAACAUGCGCGUUCAGGAGGUCAGCGACGAUGCCGAGAUGAACUCGGAGGCCGCGACUGCUGAUGAGCCGGAGGGGGAAGAGCCUGCUGAGGGUUGCGUCAUUUGCAAGAAAACUGGAAAAUUAGAACUCACUCUACCCUGUGGUUGCCAUGCUCACAAGAAGUGCCUCGAGAGCAGCGUUGAGGCCUUCAUAAGAGGCGGGCAGGCCCCUGCAGAGAUCGAAUGCCCUCAACAUACAGGACGCCGGUUGGGCGUCAGCUUCCUGGAGUCGACAGUGCCUGCUGCCCUCGAGCCUGUACGCUCUGUUUGGAGUGGUUUCUCAGCACGGGUGGCGGCUGCAGCCGCGGCCAGCGGAAGCACUCGGCAAGAUAACGGCGGGGGAUCUUUGAAGUGUCCCGUGUGUGGUGACAGCAUUGCGGUUGAGGCCAAUGAUGCUCUCCUUAAGAAGUGCCUCGACCCUGGUGCAUAUUACAAGCUUCACUCCGCUCGGGCCUCCCAGAAUAACGUCCCGAAGCCUUUACGGGAGCCUGAUACGAGUAGGCCUUCCUCUGACGAGAGGCUCACUUUAAAGCAAAAAUUUGAGCGUGGCUGGCGUCCCUGCCCUAAGGGCUGUCCCUAUCUUGGCAACUACCCCAGCUCGAAGGCUGUGGUGUAG